AUGGCGGUGCGCAGCAGCAGCACCCCUGCCCCGACGCCCUUCUCCAUCCAGGCCAUCCUCAACAAGAAGGAAGAGCGGAGUGCGCGAAGCUUCUUGCAAGGCCGACUGCAGCCGCCGCCGUCGCCCGCAGGGGGCGCCUCCGCCAGCCCCGACGUGGCGCCCGCCUGCUGCUGGAGGCUCUUCGGCGACGAAGCCGCAGCGCUCGCCGCAGCUCUGCACCAACACCAGCCUGCCUCUGCCUUGGCCCCCGCGACUUCCAGGGCUCCCGGACUCGCCGUCUGGGACUCCGACUCGGUCCUGAGCGAGGAGCAAGAGGGCAACAAGGAGGACGACGACGACGAGGAGGAGGACGACGACGAGGAGGACGGCAGCAAAUCGCCCGCGGCCUCCCUGAGGCCACGAGAAGGGCAGUCCUCAGGUUCCGGCGCCCGAUCGCUGUCGGAGGGCUCGGGCAGGGAGCCGCCGGUACAGGAGCUCCAGGAACGGUCCCCGGAGGGUCUCAGCGACAUUGAGCUCUCAGCCCGAAUCUCAGAUCACAGCCAUCCUGACGAGCUCGAGGAAGAGCAGAGCGACAGCAGAGGUGGCGGUAAGAACUCCAAGGCCCUGUCAGAGGAAGACGAGGCGGUGGCAACAGCAGCUGGGUCCGGCUCGGCCCCGAUGGCCGCUUCGACGGCAGCUCCGAAGCCGCGAAAGAAGCGCUCCCGGGCGGCCUUUUCCCACGCGCAAGUCUUCGAGCUGGAGCGACGAUUCAGCCACCAACGCUACCUGUCGGGGCCGGAGCGCGCCGACCUGGCCGCGUCGCUCAAACUCACCGAGACGCAGGUGAAGAUCUGGUUCCAGAACCGGCGCUACAAGACCAAGCGGCGCCAGCUGGCCGCGGAUCUGCUGUCCUCGGCGCCGGCCGCCAAGAAAGUGGCUGUCAAGGUGCUAGUCCGUGAUGAUCAGAGGCAGUAUCACCCGGGCGAGGUCCUCCGGCCGCCGCCCCUCCUCUCCCUCCAGCCAUCCUACUAUUACCCCUAUUAUUGCCUACCGAGCUGGGCUCUUUCCGCCUGCGCUGCGGCCGCCGGGGCCACGCAGUGACCCACGCAGUGACGGGGACUCCCUGCCCUCGAUCCAGGCUGGAUUAAGAGCCGUGGUUUCGGACUCAGGCAAAUGGAC